AUGGUUACACACUUGCAAGGUUUCAAGUUGCCGUCGAGAAGCAAGCCUGUACAAUCGGAAAUUAAACCCUUUGCUGGAGUGAUUGACGACAAUGAUCAUGUGGAGGAUUAUGUUUCCAAACUCCUAGUGGUGAAGGGCAUCGCUUUUGCCAUCUCAGGUCAUGGUUAUUGUGCAGCUUUUGAUACAGUGAAAAAAUCUAGGUUCUGUUUCCUUAAUAAUUCCCAAAACGAGAAGAUUCGAAAAAUAUUCUACAACAUUAACGACGAAUCAUUGCUUGUUGUAGCAGAGUAUACUUCCAACACAAAAUGUUGGUCCUUGCCAAUGAUACACAUACGAAGAGACACGUACGAAGAAACUCUCCUCAGGAAAGAUUUGAAGUGUUCUCCUCAAUACAGAUCUAUUAUUCUCUGCAUGUGUUCUUUGAAGCUGUCAGCAACAAAGCAGUUAUAUUAUCAGAACCCGAGGCUCUCGGGUGAUAAUGGGGAUGAACUGGCAGAAUUCACCUAUGAAUUAUCCUUUGAAGAUAUAAGACUCGUGAUCUCUUCAACGGAGAAGGUGUUGCUCGUUGAUCAUCGCUUUUGUCUACACAUUUUGGAUUUAAAGAGGUGUGAAAGACAAUAUAGACCUGAAGUAUACUUGCCUUUCAUGGAUACAAUCAUAAUGUCGGAAAAGGACAUGUUUUUUGUCCUAAGAGGGAGGGAAGUCCAAGCAUGA